CGUCAUCGUCACGGUUAAUUAAAUUGAUCGGAUUCAGUAAGUAGAACUGCGUUCAUCAUCCGACCUUUUUCUAAGACCGAAGACCGUUUGAUGUUCCCAAUCGACGUCAAAUCUCUUCCAUUGAUCGACGACCGCUAAAUACGUAAAUUGAUACCCUACCCAUUUUGCUCCAUUUCUGUCCAUUCGACCUACCAACCAACCUAUUAAUCCCAUUCCUCCUCUCGCCCUUUGUAUUUUGUUACUUCCUAUACCCUUUUGUGACCAGACGUUCCCCGACCCAUUUCGGAAGCUCUGGGUUUUUGUCGAACUCAACUCACCAACUCACCAACACACAUUCGACAUCGCACAACGUAUCAAUCGUGCGACUAAAAUCUGAUCGUGCAAGCAGCGAACAAUAAUCGACAUCAAUCGCCAUCAUGGGCGCGAAAGCGGGUUUCGCGCUCAAAUUGCUGCAGUGGUUCAUUCGAGGUAUCCAGUUCUGCUGCAGCGCUCUCAUCCUCGCCCUCUUCUCCUACUUCCUCGCCACCCUUAGUAGUCGUCAUUUGACAAUACCAACAUGGACCCGCGCCGUUGAGGGUAUCUCGGGUAUCGGUGUAUUAUACACCAUCCUCGGCCUACUAUUAUUGUGCUGCCUGGCCGGCCAUCCAUUCACCUCUUUCAUCGCUAUUGUCUUGGACAUCUGCUUCAUCGGCGCGUAUAUCUACGUCGCUAGUUCCGUUAGGGCCGGAGCUAGCAGCUGCACAGGCACCGUGGACACCGUCUAUGGAAGUGGUCAGGCUGAGGAUCUGAUCAAUGACAAACACCCGACGUACCGACAAGCUUGUCAGAUGGAGACCGCAUGUUUAGCCGUAUCGAUAGUUGCGAUCGUCUUCUUCGUCUUCUCUGCGCUUCUCGAGGUUGUACUCGUCCGCCACCGACGCAAGGAACAGCGAUUCGGCCCAAGUCCAGCUAACAACUACACUUCGGGCUACGCUAGACGCCGCGGCAUAUUCGGUCUCUUCCGUCGAAAGCGAACUGCCACUGCCGAAGAGGACCCCAAUGCUUUGCCCGCGCACACCCAGCCGGAUCAAUUGCGCCAGAGCUACAACACCGAGGCUACGGCGGUUGGUCCCGAAGCCGGAACGUACAACAACAAAUACCAGUACGACGGACAAGUGGCGUACCCCGAAACUGGCACGGCUACGACCCAUACCACGCCGGCUGGUUACCGCUACUAAGCGAUUCGGAUCUGGUGGUGGUGGUGGUGGCGGAUGCAUGAGACUGUUGAUGAACAUGAACAUGAACAUGAAAUGAGGGCGGAUAGUGCCUAUGAAGCAGAUAUGGACUGGAAGUGAUGCUGUUCAAGGGUUCGGCAUGUGGGAUGAUUGCUGCUCGCUGCUUCGCUGAAAUCGGAAUGAGGUUGCUGGAUACGGUGGGGGGUAUGUGGUUGCUUGAUGAUAAUUCCGUCGCAAAGUUUGGACUGUUAUCAUAAUGUGGAUGGCCAUUGCUGAGCCUCUGGAUUUUUGGGGUCGUAACCAGGAAUGCUGUAGUUAUGUCAGAUGAAUCAACACGAUACUUGUAUUCGUGA